AUAGUAUUUUGGAUUCAGGAAUUAUAUCUGGAGGUCCGGUCAGGACAGGUUUAAACUGAUGAAGAACACAUCUCGAAAGAAUCCAAGUGGGAGUCGUCUUUUGUACUCUACUUGGUUCCCUCACUGAACCCAGCACCCUAUUGAGAGAGAGAGAGAGAGAGAGAGAGAGAGACGGAGAAGAAGAAGAAGAAGAAUUGAGAGAGAGAGAGAGAGACAGAGAAGAAGAAGAAGAAGAAUGGAGAGGAAGGAUAAAGUGGUUUGCUCAGUGAUGGGGUUUCUAGGGCUUCUAUCCGCUGCUUUGAGUUUUGCUGCGGAGGGCACGAAAACUACGGCUUCUCAAGUUGUGUUUACAUCUCCUACUUCUUGUAUUUACCCCAGCAGUCCAGCUUUGGGUCUUGGAUUAGCUGCGGCGGUGACUCUUUUGGUUGCUCAAAUUAUCAUCAAUGUCACAAGUGGGUGUAUUUGUUGCAAACGAGGUUCUUAUCAAUCGAACUCUAGCUGGACAAUUGCAGUGAUCUGCUUUGUUGUCUCAUGGAUCACUUUUGUCAUAGCAUUUCUUAUGAUAUUAACUAGUGCUGCACUCAAUGAACAAGGAGGGGAAGAGAACAUGUACUUUGGCUGCUACGUUGUGAAGCCCGGAGUCUUUGCUGGAGCUGCAGUCUUGUCCCUUGCAAGCGUAGCUCUUGGCAUUGUCUAUUAUCUUGCGCUGGAGUCGGCAAAAAUCAAGAUUGGUUCGUUGGUUGGGACUGCUGCUGCUCCCAAUCAAAGCAGCAUUGCAAUGGGACAACCACAAUUCCCUCCGCCACAGUUCCCUCCUCCAGACACUGAAGCUCCAGUUUUUGUGCACGAAGAUACAUAUAUGAGGCGGCAAUUCACUUGAUCACCCAUUUUGCCUUUGUUGAAUGGUGCUAGAGGUUCCCAUGGAAAACGUCUUGAUGCAAAGGGUUUCUGUUUAGGGUGGGAUUUGGGGGAAGUUCCUCAUCUCCCUUGCUUUUGUUAUUUGUUUGUCGGCACUAACAAAAUAGAUCUCUCCGACUGGACAUGUUUGGAAGAUAAAAAUGAGUUUUCAUUAAGCAAUCAUCUCUUUGGAAGGUAAA